AUGGUCGAGAAACGACGGUUUUUUGCUAUUGAUAAGCCGAGUCUGGAGACUUCAACAAUAAAGCAGGUAGCUGUUUCGGAGGGAAAUUAUAACGAAUCGAAUUCAAACGAGCUUUUCGUGGUCGAUGAUGACUUGUAUGAGAUCAGUGCGAUGAAUGUUGAGAACAGUGAGAGUCAGAGGCAAAACGGAGAUGAAGUACACGAGAAUGGAGGAAAUGAAAGGACUAAUGAUAUAAGAAGUAAUCUGAGUGGUCGAAGUGUCUCAGAUUGUUCGCAAGAAUCCGCCAGUUUGUUACAGAUUGGCUACGAUCUCUUCGUGUCCCAGCUACUAUCUAUCAUAGGCGACGCGUCGACAAAAGACCUCCAGCACCUCUACAAGAAAUACUUCAAUAGGCCAAACUAUGUGCAUCUAGCAUCGACAGAAUACUUUUAUGGUAUUGAGUAUGAAGUCGAGCAAGAAUCCCAGAAGGCAAACGGAAUCUCGAAUGAAAUUAAUACUCCAAAGGAAAAUAAAACACCGAAUGAAAAGGAGGAUAAUACAAAAGACGAUUCGAUUCCAGAUAAGGAAGAAAUAGAUCGUCUCAUGGAACGAAUGAAAUCACAAGCAAAGGCAGACGCAGAGACAAAAUUGGCCGCUUCUUGGAAGAGAUACAUUGGAGCUUUAGAUGUUGAGGCUUGGGCCACUAGACCGUACUUGAGACCAUUAACAUACAAGCAAAAGCUUGAGGUCAAGAGAUUGAUUCCAAAUAAGAUCAAAAAAUCGUCGAUAGUGGCAGCCAAAUUCGGAGAUUCAGCCAUUAUUAGACUAUACACAGCAGAAGACGCAGGCAGCAGAGAGAUCGGAAGACUACCUGAAGAUAUCACACGGAUUCUCUCCCCACUCAUUGACUUAGGUCUUGCCAAUUUUGAAGCUUCGGUCAUCAUGGACACCAGAAGCCGUCUAUCAAUAGGAGAUCCCUUCUACGUUCAGAUCAAAUGCUACCUCAAUAACUACACCUUUGCAGAUCAUGCCAUGCUAGUCGGAAGUGAAGAUCUCCAAGAUACCAAGCGACGCAAGACCGUGGCUCCUGGCUCGUUUAACUUCACCCAUGUUUCUGAGGCAGAAGCUGCCCUUAAUCUCAAACAAAAAUCUAUUUCUCGAAUGUUCGACAAGCUUCUGUUACAACCAACAAACAAGGCAACGCAGAGUGUAAAUUCCGAAAAUGUCAUUGAUCUUGAUAGCCCUUCAGGUACUCCGGCUCCAGAUACGGUAAACCCUACUGAAGAGCUUAAUUUGGAUCAGUUGAAAGAGUUUUAUAUGGCCAACCAACAAUCCGAAUACUUGGAGAAUUUGCCAGAGACGACCACUCCACCAUCCGAAAACUUUAAACUCCAGCUACGUCCUUACCAGAGACAUGGUCUUUCUUGGAUGUUGGCUCGUGAGAAGGAGAUGGAUGUGCUCGAGCGACUUUCCACAACCGAAGGAGAGGUCCUUUCUACACAGAAUAAGCAAGCUAUUCGCAACCAAGAUGCUGGAGUCAUGGACCCUUUGUGGAGCAGCUUCAGGUGGCCUAAGGAUCCCUCACAGGAAGUCGCCACUAAUGAUGACGAGUUUUUCUACGCCAACCUAUACAAUGGUGAGCUCCUGAGAGAGAAGCCAUUGAUCAAAAGUAUUUUAAAAGGUGGUGUUCUUGCUGAUGAGAUGGGUCUUGGUAAGACCAUCCUGACCUUGUCUUUAGUUCAUUCUGUUCCUUACGAUACUAAUGUCGAGAAACCAAUUCCAAGGAGCUAUGCAUCUAAAUCAACCUUGAUCGUGGUUCCGAUGUCACUCUUAUCGCAAUGGAAAAGUGAAUUUGAGAGAUCGAACAAUAAUUCAAACCACAGGUGUUUCGUUUACUAUGGAGAUUCUGCUCAGGCAGAUUUGUCUCAUCUCUUGUGUAAUCGAUAUGAAAAUAUUCCUAUCGUGGUGUUAACUACAUACGGCACGGUGCAGAAUGAGUGGACCAGGCUCAACAAAGGACGGGAUGAAAAUGGGAAGCUCCGAAAAAUUGGAUUAUUUUCGGUAGAGUUCUUCAGAAUCGUAUUGGAUGAGGGCCAUACCAUCAGAAACAGAAACACUAAAACUGCCAAAUCUAUUCACGAGUUAGACCUGCGAAGGAGAUGGGUUUUAACCGGUACUCCCGUUGUUAAUAGGCUUGACGAUAUAUUUUCUGUUGUCAAAUUCUUGCGACUUGAGCCUUGGAGCAAUUUUUCGUACUGGAAAACGUUUGUGACACUCCCUUUCGAACAAAAGAAGUUCAACCAAACAUUGGAUGUUGUGAAAUCCAUUCUUGAGCCAAUAUUUUUGAGAAGAACAAAGAGCAUGAAGCAAAAGAACGGCCAGCCAUUGGUUGACCUACCUGAAAAAGAGGUGGUUAUCGAAGAACUAGAAUUCAGCAAAAGAGAACAACUCUUCUACGACUUCUUCAAAUCAAGAGCCCAUCAGUCCUUCAAGGAGGGAAUGAAGAGUGGAGAUUUGUUGAAGAAGUAUACGCAAAUUUUAACUCAUAUUCUUCGCUUACGUCAGGUUUGUUGCCAUCCGGAGUUGGUUGCUUCGAGUUCAGAACUUGAUGACUCGUGGCAAGAGGAACUCUCCUCAUUUGAAAAGCCAGCAGAAGCUGAGAGAUUUACAUCUGAAACGACUUUGAAGGAAACAAUGUAUUCUUUAUACAAGCGAGUCAAUCCAGAUGAAUCUGAAUGCUCAAUUUGCACGCAGUCGCCAAUCUCCAUAGGUGAAUUAACAGUGACCGAGUGCGGCCAUCAGUACUGCUUCCACUGUCUCCAAGAGCAUAUUGAAUUCCAGACCAAGAAUGGAUCAAAGCCCUUAUGUCCUGACUGUCGCCAUCCAAUUUCUAGUUACCGACUCUUUAAGGUUCGAAAGAGAGAUGUCUCAAAGAAAGAGGUAAGGUUCCAUACUAAGGAAAUUGUGGACGAUCCAUACGGUCAUUAUAACUUUCAAUUGUUCUAUCAUGAUCCGGACAAGUCAUCUACUAAGAUUAACGCCUUGCUUAACCAUUUGAGGUUAUUGAAAGAGCAAUGCCCUGGUGAACAGAUUGUUGUAUUCUCGCAGUUUUCGUCGUACUUGGAUAUCCUUGAGAAUGAGCUAAAGACAAUUGGCGAAGGUAACGAAGAUGACUUUGUCGUCUACAAAUUCGACGGACGUUUGAACAUGGUUGAGCGAGAGAAGAUCUUGAAGAAAUUUUCGGGUGAAAGGCCAGCAGAUGGAAAAAUCACCAUUUUACUUCUUUCACUUAAGGCCGGAGGAGUUGGGUUGAACUUGACAUGUGCCAAUAGGGCAUUCAUGAUGGACCCUUGGUGGUCUCCAAGUAUUGAAGAUCAAGCUAUUGAUAGAAUCCACCGUAUUGGGCAGGCUCAAAACGUCAAGGUCGUUCGGUUCAUUGUCAAGGACAGCAUAGAGACCAAGAUGUUAAAAAUCCAGGAGAGAAAAAGAAUGAUGGGAGAGGCCGUUGAGGUUGAAGAGGAGGAGCGUCGGAAGCAGCGAAUUGAAGAGAUUAAACUUUUGUUCGCAGAUUAA